AUGUCAGGGUCAGACGUGACGCCCGUCUCUCUCUGUCCGCAGGCCCUGUUGCUGUUGGGUGGCAUCGCUCUUUCCUGCCUCGCGCUGGACCUGCUCUUCCUCCUCUUCUACUCCUUUUGGCUGUGCUGCCGCCAUCGGAAGAGCGAAGAACAUCUGAAUGCUGACUGCUGCUGUACGGCAUGGUGUGUCAUCAUCGCAACCCUGGUGUGCAGUGCUGGAAUUGCCGUUGGCUUCUAUGGGAAUGGGGAGACCAGCGAUGGCAUCCACCGGCUGACGUACUCGCUCCGCCACGCCAACCGCACCGUGGCGGGGGUCCAGGACCGGGUCCUAGAUACCGCAGUGGCCCUGAAUCAAACAGUGGAACCAAACUUGCUCAUCCUGGAGGAGAUGUUCACAAAGCAGACAGACUACCUGCAUGUUAUCCAGAAACUGCAAGGUCUCUUGGAUGAUCUGGUCAGGCAAACAACUGAGAUCCCCUUUUGGAAGAAUGACGAGCUGUCUCUGGAGGAGCUGGCAAUUCAGAUUGACCUCUAUGACUGGUACAGGUGGCUGGGAUACCUGGGCCUGCUCUUGUUCCACGUCCUGAUAUGUUUGCUGGUGCUCUUUGGGCUCAUUAGAAACUCCAGGGCCAUUCUUAUGGGGGUGUGCUUGCUCGGGGUGUUUGCCCUGAUUGUCAGCUGGGGAUCCCUGGGUCUGGAGUUGGCUGUCGCGGUGGGCUCCAGUGACUUCUGUAUUAACCCUGAUGCUUAUGUCUCCAAAGUGGUUGAAGAAAAUGCGGUGCUUAGUGCUGACACUCUCCGCUAUUACAUGACCUGCAGUGCUGGGUAUCCCAACCCUUUCCAGCAGAAACUGUCAGGAAGUCACAAGGCUCUGGUGGAAAUGCAAGAUGAUGUUAUGGAACUCAUGAGGUCAGCAAGCAGAGAGCAUCCCACCUCCAAGGAGUAUCUUACUCGGAUUCAGGAGGUUUUAAAUUCAACAGAGAUCAACUUGCAGCAACUGACAGCUUUAGUCGACUGUCGGAGUCUGCAUUUGGACUACGUCCAGGCUCUGACAGGCUUUUGCUAUGAUGGAGUGGAAGGCCUCAUCUACUUGGUUCUCUUCUCCUUUGUCACAGCCCUCAUGUUCAGUUCCAUUGUGUGCAGCGUCCCACACACUUGGCAGCAAAAGAGAAGCUCAGAUGAUGAUGGGGAAGAAGAAUCAGCUGCUCAAGGGAGUAGACAAACACACGAUAAUCUUUACAGAGUGCACAUGCCCAGCCUCUAUAGCUGUGGGAGUAGUUAUGGGAGUGAGACCAGCAUCCCAGCAGCAGCACACACAGUCAGCAAUGCUCCCGUCACGGAGUACAUGAGCCAGAAUGCAAAUUUCCAGAACCCCCGUUGCGAGAAUACCCCGCUCAUUGGCCGGGAGUCCCCACCUCCCUCAUACACCUCCAGCAUGAGAGCCAAAUACCUCGCCACCAACCAACCUCGUCCAGAUGCUGGCAGUGUGCAUUAAAAUGAAAAAGCAAAAAAAAAAAACACAACAAACAAACAACAAAACCCACACGUGCAGUCAGACUAAACAAUGUGCCAACUGCUGUGCCCCUGUGCUGUCCUCGUAGAACAACCCUGCUGUUCUGCCCAAAAUCCAGUGCAGCUCCUUCUGUUUCUCCAGUCCAGACCACCCUCCAACCCAGUACCUGCCCAUUGGAGCAGAAGCCCCUUCUGAAUUUAAGCCUUCACCUUGUUGUACCUGAUGUGUGAGAGAGAGCAAGCACGAGCAGGCAAGAAACUGGGAGCCCCCAGGCAAGAAACUGGGUCCACCUUCCUCGGGUCAACUCGAUCAGAGUAGCUUAUCAGAAAAAGUUGGUGAAUACCUUCUGCCCCGUUUUUUCCCCCCCCUUCUGUUCCCCAGAGGGACUCGGUGAAAGAUGGUGGUAGCUCUUCAGUUCUGCAGUGGGAUCAGCAGUCUGUCAAACGCUGAAGAAGCAGAGGCUCGGUGCUGAUGACAGCCUGCAAUGAGGGAAUGCUGAGUCCAUGCAGCAUUUUGGGAGUCCUCUGGUCUGGUGCCCUGUGUGAGGAAGGAAACCCCUGCCUCACGGUGUCACUUAAUCCACUCUAGUUUGGGAGCCUGGAGCUCUUCUAGAGCAAGUAAUUCCACUGGUUAACUUUUUGUUUGUUUGUUUUUUAAAAUAGUCCAUUAAGAAAAUGCUUUUUUCUUUCCCAGUAUAUCUAGCAUCAUGUGAAUUCUCGAGGAGGAGCAGGGGGGACCCAACACCAGUCAAUUGCUCUGAACCUGCCCUCUCUGCCCCACCAGGGGAGCCCAGGUACUUGCAGAUGACAUUCUGGGUGCUGCCUUUAACGAGGCCAACACACAGAUCACACGGGAACCACCCACCCACUUGGUGCCAAAUUUUUCCAGGAAAAGACUUUAUGGGGGUAAUUUUGCACUAAAGAGUUUCAGCUCUCUGAUGCUAGAUCUUAUGGGACAGGCAGCUUGCAAAAGCAAGAGAGACUGGAAGCACCAAUGGAUUUAGAGCAAACACAAGCUCUCCCUGCAGGAGUGACCUGUGAACUCUGCUGGACUUUUUUCUUUUUUUUUUUUUUAAAUCAUGAUUUGCAGCACAGGGUUGCUGAGCGGGCAUUGAAGGAGGUUUUUGGAGCCUCUGUCCUAACAAACUCACAAGAUUGUCAGUGUAUCUUCUUCUGUGUUCCAGAAUCAGAAACCCAAAUGACAUCUGGAGAACAUUGCGACUGUCAGAACAGGCUUUUCUUUUAUUCCGUUUUAUUUCCUUUUGUUUUUCAAGGCAUGUUGCUAACCACUACCUGACCAUAUUGAGGCACAUGUAAGGCAUUUUUCUAGACAACGAGGCAGAACAAGGCUUGCAAAGGGGCAGCUGGGAGCCUGCAGAGGGCAACAUCCUCCACUGGUGCUGUACCUUCCACUGAAGAGCAGUGCUCCAAAGGGCACGGACAGCUUCCUACUGGAAGAGGAGCCUGCCUCUUGGGAGGUACUGUCGAGUACUGCCCUCUCACUAGGGUGGCUCUGAUGUUCCUUUUUUCUCUUUUUACCUCUGAGCAGGGGCAUCUCAGUGCAGCUGCUGAGCAUUAUAUUAAAGAACUGGCGGAGUAAAUGAAGUGGGGAAGCGUCUCUGGAGCUGGAGUUGAGCCAUUGGCAGAGGCAGUUAGUCUUCACCUCAGUGAUGUUCAGACUCGAUGUCUGUUUACCCCACGCUUGCUGAACGGGGCACAGAAUCUACCAAUCUGCCUUUACUCAAGUCAGUUGCCUUCUUGCAGUGAGGUAGGAACUGCUCCGAGCAGGUCGCUAGCUGGGCUGAUGAUAUCUGCUGUAAAAUGGUACCAGCUCUCCUCAAAGAGCAAGCUUUGAGACUCCUCUUAAGAUAGAAACCACUAAUUAGACUGGAAAAAAGCUGUAGGCCAGCUCUUACCAUUCAAAGGAGUGAGGGAGACAGGGAGGAGGCACCACCACGCAGACAGGACGGAAAGGUUUUGGAGAAAACUUCACACUUCACCAUAAAUCUCUGGAAGCAGGGUUUUCUUGCUCAGGACUGAGUAUGCCCUUUCAGACACGUUUGAAGGGCUUCACACUGAAACAUACCUCUGUUAACAAAAAAAAAAAACAACAAACCAACAACAAAAGAAGGGCAGGGAGACGUAGUCACAGGUGAUACGGAGGGACGCUGUGGUUCAUGAGCACCAGGUUCUCCACCCUGUCUCAGAGCCUACCAGGAGACCCAGCUGUGUGAGCACGUGGCAUGGUUAGCUUGCAGGACCCAAAGCACACUGCUCUCUGGGGGGAACUGGACCUUCCCCUGGCUUUGAAGAAAGAAGCAAGAGCCAUAUAAUCCUUAUUAAGACUGAGUUGUUCUGCCAUCAUCUCCCCUUGCGAGGAUGUGCUCGGAUUGCUACUUAUGGUAUGAAUUUUAGGGGAGCUGCCCUAAAAUCUCUGGUCCUACUCAUUGAAGGCAAGUGUUUUGGAGGCUGGAGGGUGUGGGGAACCCUGUGAAGACAAGUGCUUCUGUAUAUUGACUUUUCUGAUAUACAGAAUGCAUCCUGAGCACGCGUGUGGCUGCACUUUGGGUUGGAUCUGAAUUGGCACAGUGAUAUUGUCUGCACCAGCGGGGCUAACGAGGGGGGGAGCGAGCCUAUGCCUUUUUGUUUGCAGCAUCUGAUGGAGCAGCCACCUUGACCUGCUUCCUUCCAAGGUUUGGCACAGCCACUUGUAACACCCAGAACAACUCCUGACAACGCUUGGGGCUUGCAGCAGGGCACAGAUGCGGGAGACACGUGCUCUGUGACUUCAAAACAUAACUGGAAAGACUGUUACGAAGACGACGUUUUGCUCUCUGGGGCCAGCGUGACGUGACUGCAGUGUGAGCUGUGUACCUUUGUCCAGCCAGCACUUCCUUUACUUGACAUGGAUAUUGCACUUUUGUAAAGCAUCCUGGAACUCUGCUGCCCCGCUGCAUGCUGUGCAGAGCGCUGGAUAGGAAACACAGACAAAUGGGUUUCUUUUGGUUUAUUAUUAUUACUACUUUUUUUUUUCUUUUUUUUUUUUACUUUUUUUUUUUUUUUUUUUUUUUUCCCUUUUUUUUUUUUUUUUUUCCACUGGAACCUUGAGCGACAGCGUGGCAUUUCUGCAGGCUGGUCUGAACGGAUCUGCUGAAGAACAGAUGGCCUUUGCCUACUCUUACGGCUGCGACGUAAUCAGCCUCAUCCAUAUGGUCACAUUUUGUCUGAGGAGUGGACUUUGGAAAGCCAAGAUCUCCCAGACUCUGUGCCUCCCUCUCGGGUGAACAGCAGGUGCUAUCUGGCGAAGACUCAUCUGUUCUAGAUGGCAUUCAUGGUUGAGGGAGUCCAAACUCUUCAAGCUGUAGGAGGUAAAGCUGUAGAGACUUCUCUCUCUUCCAUUGUGUCUCUCUGUUUUUUAAUGUGACGAAAUGCCAAGGCCAUAUCACUUGGUGUGUCCCAGCUGACCUUACGGGAACAACCUUACUGGUGUUACUGGUUGCUAGCAAAAGGGUCCAGAAUUCAAGGGAGAUGAGGUUGGCCUCUGGACACCUUGCUGACUGCGAAACAGAAGGCAGCUUGUCCAGCUGAAGGCGACUGCAUUGGUGAAGACACUUCAUGUUACCUUUUCAGAAGCACAAAUGUGGUCAUUGGCUUGUCUGGUUGGCUUGGUUUUAUUUCCACUGCAUCAUCAUGUGUGAAUGACACUUUCUUUUGGAACUGAGAACUCUUCCAAGCACACAAACAUCUCCACAAUGUGAAAUGUAAAUAGCAUGUUGGACUCUCGUGUCCAGUGUUCAAGACUGCAUUGUAAUUGUAAAGGAAACCGAAUCAAGACUUGGCUGUGAAUUUCUUGUGCUGUCUUGGGAAUAUAACUGUAGUGUUUGUAUCCUGUGUGUAUUAUUAAACUGAGUUCAUUUUAUGUGCUGAUAAAAGGGUUCAAGCUAAGAUUUUUAGCGUGCAUCCAUGUAUCCAAAUGUGAAGGAUGGAGUGCUCCCUCCCCCUCCUGUCCUUUUUUAAGUUUUCUCCAUUUGAUGAUAGGUGUUAAUUUUCCGUGUACAGUCAUCUCAGCCAAGAUGCAAGGAUUUGAGUGCUUUGAGGGGGACACAGUGCGUGGGGUUUUACGUGAUCCUGAGUCAGGAUUUUCCAUAGCAUCCCUGAACAUACGUGCAAAGUUUGGCCUUUCUGAGAGUAACCCAUGUCUCGGGGGGGCUGCUUGGCCAUCGCUCCUGAGAGCUGUGGGUGCUGCAGGGUGACAGCAGGCAGGAGCAGGUGGACACCCCUCAGAGCGGGGUACUGGCAGCGGUGUGGAUAAACCCAUGCUUCAUUUCUGGUCCCACCUUCUCUUCCUUCUGGCAGCAACUGAAAUAACCACGCCGAGCCCUUUGAAGAAGAGAAAAGUGUCUUGGCUUGUUGAUCCUGGCCACCCCACCUGAUGCGGGGGGUGGAUGAGGUGGGUGGGUUUUCCUUCAUCUAGGGAGGGGAGGUGUCUUUGAAGUACCUUCUACCUAGGGACCAAGGAGAAGCCAGGGUCUUCCCCAGCUCUCCAAGGCUGCUGGUGUAAGUGAGUGAAGAUCUCUGCGUGGGAGGGGAAGAGCCCUCCGGGCAGAUACCAAGGGGUAGAUCUGAUGCCUUGAGAGAAGAGACCCAACGAGACUUAAUCCGUACCUGUAACCAGGUGGCUUCUUUCAUCACAGCCUACUCCCCUUUUCCAGAAGUUCUCUGUGUGCAUGCUAUGGACGGUUUCCCUAGGAGGCCCAGCAGAAGCGUGGAUGUUUUUGGUAGCGAGUGAUCUGUGCUUUUUUUUGGGGGGAGGAGAGCAGUAUCUCCUGCUGAGCCGUGAUGGUGAGCGUGUUGCCCAGCUGGGAGAGAGAAGGGAUGGGGUGACUGGUGGCCUGGAGCUCCCGGGUGCUCGCCCAGCCCCUGUGGCUGCAUGCGUGAACAAAGUGGAACAUAAAUUGAUGUACAACCAGAAAGUUCAAAAUACUCCUUUCCUAAAGAGGAUAACUGUAGCAUGAAGCUCUUAGGUGCUCUGCAUAUUUAAUACCACAUUGCUCCUCACUAUGCAAUUCCCAACUCCUUCCUUCCUCUUCCUCCUCUAAUCUCACCCCAAGACUUCUCCAGAGGCCUCCCACCCAGGGAGGCCGCUGAAGUCCCAGAAAAGCUUCAUUCCUUUCAUUGUCCUCUGCAUUGGGUCCAGGUGCCCAGCCCUCACGUCGCGUGCCUCAGGUCCCUUGGUAAUGGGAGGCCCCAUGAGUUUUAUUCACAUCAUUCAGAGGGAAGUUUAUUUUCUUGGACACUGUGCACAGAAACCUAAUGGUGAUCAUGUACCUGGCCUUUUUGUAACUUUUUUCUGUUUUUUCUUCUUAACCAUAAUGGUUGUAUAUCAUACCACUUUAUAUACAUAUAUAAUAUAUAAAUAUAUAUAAUUUUUUUUAAAACUUUGGACCUGCUAGUUUCUUUCAAGUGUUCCUGCACUUACCCAAAAUGUUUUUAAAUUGUGAGGGUUAAAGAGGAUUGAGCCCAUUUUUGUAUCUUUACUUUUAAUUCUGUAGUUCUAUUGAUUGUAAUGUAGCUAUUUUUUACUGUAACUUUUUGGUUUGCAAAUACUAAACAAAAAACCUAAAUGUAAUUUCUGUGGUUUCUAUUCAGCUUGGGUUUCAUGUUUUAAAAAUAAACGAUUUAAAACCAC